UAAGGGCACACUUAACUAAUGGGAUCCUAUCGAUGUUUCACCCCCUCCAAGCCUGAUCUUUACACGGCGGAAUGUUAAUGUUGCCACAGCCUGUCCGUGUUGUCUUUGGCUGCUCUGAGUCUGGCUUUAUUGUUGUAGUCGGUCUAUAAUGUCAUGGAGCUUGACGGAUAUGAUUAAAAAACCGCAGUAAAGCAACACUCCUGUGACUGACUGGACUAUGGAAGUGAUCGGGUUUACUCUGCACAUGCGUGAGGAGAAGUGUGUGUCCCAUGUUGCAUUAGUGUCUGUGUGAAAUGCUGGCCUGUCUGCCAGGGCCAGGUGACCUCCCCCUUCAGCUUCUCCCCCACACGCAGAUGAACACUGGAUAUCAGAAAUGGGACACCACACAAAGGAUGAGAUCCGCUCCGUUUCCAACCCCUGCAGAAUUGGAUGCAUAUGCUAAGAAGGUUGCCAACAACCCCCUCACCAUCAAGAUCUUCCCCAACAGCGUCAAGGUGCCGCAGCGAAACCACGUGCGCCGCACAGUCAACGGGCUGGAUACGUCAGGCCAGCGCUACAGCCCUUACCCUUCCUCUCAGGCCAGUGCCAAGACAGGCCUCCUCGCCAUCAUCAAGGUGCCCACAGUCAAAGGCAUCCUAAAAGAUUUUGACGGAAGCCGGGCUCGCUUGCACCCUGAAGUCAUCAUGAAUCCCCACACCAGACCCUACCAAGUGGCUUCGACCAGCACUUUAAACCACCACCCACCUCUGCCGAACCUUACCCGGCUCCAGCAGAGCUUACCCCUCCAACCACAGGACCCACCUCAGACUCUACAGAUGCCCCUCCCUCAGCACCAGGGUCACACCCAGAGCCUCAGACACCCUCCCCCCAUGGCCCAGCCCCCUCAGGGCCCACACAGACUUCAGACUCUGUCUCAGCACCCAGCCCUUGGUCACCCACAGGGGCCAACUACCGUCAUGCUUCAGCAGCAGCACCUUCAGCAGCAGCCACCACAUGGCCUGCAGGGGAGCAGAAAGCUGCCAGAUGGCGAUGCACCACCUAAUGUUACCGUCUCUACCUCAACCGUUCCACUCUCCAUGGCUGCUGGGCUGCACCAGGGCCGCCAGGCUGACUUGAGCACCAUUGUGCAUCAGAUCAACCAGUUCUGCCAAGCUCGGGCCCAAGGUGCAGGAGCCACCUCCAUGUGUGAGGGCCAGAUCGCCAACCCCAGCCCCAUCAGUCGCAACCUGCUUAUCAGCGCCUGCUCCAGGGUGUCCAUGCACAGCAACCCUGCCACCCCUGGCUUCCCCCCACCCAACUGCAUCAUUGGCUCUCAAGAGAAAGCCACCGCCCCGUUGGGAGCUCACCCCCCACACAGCGUGGCAAUUAUGAACCACUUGCCUUCCAACCACACUGAUCUCAAGCAGCAGCACCACAUGCUGCACCAACAACAGAAUCAGCAGCAACAACAGCUACAACAUAACGCGCAGCAGAAGAUGCGCUCUUGGAAUCAGCACCAGUUGGCUCAUGUACCCCACAUUCAGAACGGUGGGAGCCACCUCUGCAAGCAGCCUUCCAGGGACCCCGCCUUCCAUUUUAACAGCAUGGGCUACCCUGCAGAGGUGUGUGUGGGUCAGCCUUACACACUGAAACCUCCCGUAGAGAGGCCCACCCCCUCUCCCCCUGUCAACAACGGCAUGCCCGGCCCAAUGGCCCACUACACUAAUGGUCACUACUUCCAGUCCCACAUUUGGAACAGCAGCAUCCUACCCACACCCAACAGUGACAGCUCCGGGUCUCAGGACAUAGCCAUGCCAUUCCACGGUGCGGGCCCAGGGGGGUGCACCACACUAGACUGUGGGCCCCCUGGGGCUCCCCAUUUCAGGCUAGGAACGAGCUCCUCCACCUCCUCCGCCCAGUCUAAUCUGAUUCAAACAGCAGAUUACUUGGGUGGGGACUUCCAGACGCCCUACUUCCGCGAUCAGAAUCUAGGGUUGAUGGGCAAGAUGCACAGGCCUCCUCUGAGCAGGGUAGGUCCAGAGGUUGGGGAUGGCAGAACCGCUCUCAUCCAGCACCCAGGGUACAGAUAAGCUAUGGCCUUGUCUACACAACAGUUAUCAAAACCCCUUUGUUUAGUCUUAAGGAAGGAAACACAUGAAUAAAACCUAAUUGAUAACUUAAACAAACGACCGCUAAUGUUAAAGAGGGUAAAUUAAUAUAUUUAAUGGAGAACAGUAGGGUUUUUUUUGGUUCUUUUUGUUAAAAAUAAAUCUUGCAAGUGAUCAAUUGCUACUUUUGUUUUUGUUAAUGAGUGCUUUUACCUGGCACUUUAGGGAACUUUUUUAUGUGCGUGUGUAUACACAUCUGUACUGUCAUUCCCUCCUUCCUCUACUGUAUCUGUGUGCCUGGAUCUGAACAGAUCCUGUGUUAUUUCUACUUCAGACCUAUCAGUAGCAGUUUCUUAUGCAUGUAAGAAAGAAGAAGAACCGAUGGAUCCCUCACUGAAAAACGUACAAGGUCAUGUCAGGAACUUGGACUCAGACUAGUUUAAUUAGACAAGUGACUAAUUUAAAUUAAUUUUGGUGUUGUUGCUCUAAUCUCAUGGUAACUUCAAGAUUAAACACAAUCAUUUGAGGACAGAAAAAAGUAAUACUCUUAUUUUAGUGCAAAGCCACCAGACACUGGAGACUACAAAGUCAGAAAAGCUUUCGGUAUGCACAAUGUACGGAUAGGUUUUAUUCUUUUUUUUACAUGUAAUUAUUUAUUUGUAUAAUAGGAUUGUUCAAGAUUGAUUCCUCUCUGUCAGUUUAGGAAGCAUGUAAUCAGGUUGUUUGUACAUAGUCAAGAUCCAGCAGGGAGCAAAUGUGUUGAAAAGGUGAUGCUCUGUCCUGCUGAAAAUGCUGCAAUGAAUUCAGGUGUUUAAAAAACAACUUUUUGUCAAUGCCAGGAAGGUUUGGCAACAAGAUCGUGAAAUGUUUUGUGCAGAAAAAAAGUCAUGAAAGAUUAACUCUGAUACCUUAAAAUGGCCAAAGUCAUGUAAACAAGGACACACUGUUAUGAAGAUGUGCCAUUUUGUGUUUGUUUCCUUUUCAGAUCGUUUUUUUGUAACCAUGACAAACGUAUUACUUGAAUGUUAAGAUUAUUUGUUUUUUGCAGUUAUUGAAGGCGGUAGGUUAGUUACCAGGACAAAACUCUGGAUUAGAAGAAAUGAUAGUGUUAAUAAAGGUCAUGUAGAAUCCAACUACGAGCCUCACCAGAGUUUUGAUCCUGACAGCAGGAACUUAAGUGAAUUAAGUUAUGUGUAGUUGCUACUGAUUCUGAUGUGAAGUCGGUUUGAAAAGACCAAAUUGAUCACUUGCAAGAUCACUUGGAGGUAGAUAAAACGUACUUUUAAGUUUUAAAGUGAAACAGCAAAUGCAUUGUUUAUUUUAUUGUACACUGGCUUACCUACUAGACUACUGUAACUUUAAAGUUUAACGAUUGUGUGUGAAUGUUGCCUGCCGAUCUGAUGUGGGUAGAGGUAAGGGUGAGUGUGUGCGUGAGAGAGAGAGAGAGAGACGCCCAUGUUUUGUUCACUUAACUCCCUAACAGCCCUUAAAAAGCCUUAAGUGUUUGGUCCUUGGACUUCCCUUGAAAAUGAGCAUGGUUUUAAUGAAAACCCCAAAUAAUAAGGAGAAAGAAGAUGGUAAGGAUACACAGAAACAGCAAUUUUUGGUUUCUUUUUUCUUCUCUUUUUGUUUUAUUGAAUAGACAGAGCAAUUCCUUAGCGAUUCUUUAUAAUGGAAAGCAAGAAAAAGGAGUCAUAUUUUGUAAUUAUAUAUUUUAGCAAAGUGUAGUUACUGAGUUGUAACAUUUUUUUUCCCCAAGUUUCAAAGCUUCAGUUUGCAGUUGUGACUAUUUAAAAUACUUGAUUUGCUUGUUAUUUAAAUUUUCUUUCCUUCUUUGUUUCUUGUACUAUUGCUGUGAAAUGGAAGAAGGUCCACAAGCCUUUCUUUUGUGUCAUUCUGUACGACAGAUAAGAGGCAAGAGAGUGAGAGUUGUGCUACUCUUUUUGUAAUAUUGUAAUAAUAAAAUAAAGUUCUAAUUUAUGCUUUGAAA